UAUUUUCUCAAAUUUAAAACAUUAAAUUUUAUAACAAUGGAAAAUAUGUUAUUUUAUUUUUUUUCAAUACUUAAUUUUAACAUGCGCGCGCAUUGUUAAAGUUAGGUUGAAGUUAUGACGUACGCGAUAUGUGCAAUGUAGUUGCGCGUCUCUAACAUUAAUUAUUAUCUUAUUAUUGCUUGCGGGCGUCGGCAAAAAAUUUAUUUUUGUUUUAAAUAUAUUUUAUUAUAAAACAGAAAAAUAUGAAUCAUUAAUUAUAAUUUAAAAUUGAAAUUUUUAUUUACGAUUUAAAGUAACAGUAUAUAAACUACAAAUUAGUGUUUUAGCUUUGUAUUUACUUAUCAUCAUGUCAAUUCGUCGUAAAACUGAUCCUUUUAUGAUACAACGAAUAUGGGAUGCUAUCAAAAUAACUGUACAUCAAAGAAGUUUACCAAGUAAUGAUCGUAUGGUACGGCAUUUAGCUCGAGUUUAUGGAAUUACAGAACAAGAGGCACAAGAGGAAUUAAAUAAAGCUGUUGAUGAUGGACUUGUUUAUUUAAAAAAAGUACCAACAAAAAAUGGUAUAGAACAAGAAAGUUAUAGAUUACCAUCUGAUAUUAUACCUAAUGAUGGUCACGAUUGGUACUGUUAUAAAUGUCAGAAAGCCGGAAUAGUGGAAUGUUGUCAACAAUGUCACAGAGUUUAUCAUCCUGAAUGCCAUAUGCUUAGUAAUGUUAAAUUAAAAAUAUGUAAUUUCUGUGAAAGUAUAAAUAAUGAUACAUACUCAGAUAAAAUUGAUCUCAACCAUAUUUUAAGUUUUACUUGUGGACAUUUGAAAGCAAAAUUGCCACCAGAAAUUACAAACCGUACUAUUGUUUUUAACAAUGAUCCUAUUGUUACACCAGCUAAUAGAUACUCAGGUACAACUUGGAUUAGUGAAGGGGAAGAUGCAUGGCGACCAGGUGUUCUUAUAAAACACCAUAUGGAUUUAGCUAUUAUGGAUACAAAAAUUAAGAAAAAUGAAUAUAAUAAUUUGGCUGAGUUUCAAGCUGAUGCACAUAAUAUUUUACACAAUAUUAUUAUAUAUCAUGGAACACAUAGCAUAAUUGGAGAAAUGGGUCAUACAAUGUAUCAAGAUUGCUGUUAUGAUCUUCAAGAAAUUCGUCGUUGUGCUGACUGCUAUAGAAUAUCUAAUGAAAAAUCAGAGAAACUGUGGUUUUGCAUACCUUGUAAUCCACCACAUCAGUUAGUUUAUGCAAAACAAAAAGGAUACCCCUACUGGCCAGCUAAAGUGAUGCAAGUUAAUGGCAACGUUUAUGACGUCCGCUUUUUUGGAGGUCAUCACAUGCGAGCCAACAUCGAAAAAAUGUUCAUUCGGCCGAUUACUACCAGUCUACAAAGUUUACAGAUAAAAAGAUCCACUGCUUGGAACAGAGCAUUUGAUGAACUGAAGCAUCAUCAGAAUUUGCUGCAAAAGUCGGGCACAACCAUCGAAGAAUUGGACAUCGACGACGAUAAUGAGGGACCUAAACCGAACAAAAUCCGAAAUAUAGAGUCAUCAGGUUCAAAAAAUACAACGGGAAAUCCUACGAAACAACUUUUUAAGGAUUUAAGAGUUAAAGUAGAACGUCUCAGUUCGGAUAGUCACAAUGAUAUACCGUCAAACCAAAAGGGAAUCGAACAUAAUGAACGUUCUUCAAAAAGUAAAGCUAAAAGUGAAGAAAGACAAGUACCUUGUUUGCCAGUAGCAGAAGAAGAACCUGCAAGAGAAAUAUCCAGUACAUGUCCUCAAGGUUUGAAGAAAGAAGGUUCUCAAGAAGAUAUGGUCACUUCUAGCUCUCAAGAACCAAGAACCAAGUGUGUUUUUGUACAAACAGAACAAAUACAAACAGAAAAAUUACCAGCAAAGAUAAAAAGAGAACGCAGAACGUCAGAACAACCUACUACAACAGCAUUAGAAAAAUUACGUCGUGAAUUGGAAUUGGAGAAAUGUAAAGAAUUAGAAAAAUUACAAGCUGAACAUGCUAAAGAAUUACGACAACUAACAGAUAGACAUCAACAAAUUAUAUCAGAAAUAAAGAAGAAACAAUGGUGUUAUAAUUGUGAAGCUGAAGCAAUAUAUCAUUGCUGUUGGAAUACUGCAUAUUGCAGUACUGAUUGUCAACAAGUCCACUGGCAACGUGAACAUAAAAGAGUUUGCCGUCGAAAACGUUAAAUUAAUAAUGGAUAUAAUAAAUAUAAUAAUAUUAAAUUUAUAAGAAAAAAAUUAAAAUUAUUGUAUUUGAAAAAAGAGGAUACUUUGUAGAAGUAUAUUAAUAUAUUCUUGACACUAAUUUGACAUGCCUUGAUGUAAGCUUUCUGAAUGAAGGCAUUUAUAAUAUGUAUGCAAACAAAUGUAAAUCCUUUGAUUUGUAAUUAUUAAUUAUAAUUAUAAGUAAAAAUGUAAAAAGAUAAUAAGCGAUAUUAUUAUAUAUGUAUAUUUGUUUUCAAACUCAA